AUGUCCUAUGCAGCAGCAGAUACAGAUUCUGAAGAAGACGAUGCUGCUGCAGCAGCAGCAGCAACAAGAGGUGCAGUAGCGGCACUCGCAGCAGCAAGAGCCGCUGCAGCGAGAGCUGCAGCAGCAAGAGCUGCAGCAGCAACAGCACCUCCAGCAGCAGAAUCUGAAGCAGCAGAGUCUGCAGCAGAGACACCUGCAGCAGCAGCAGCAGCAGCAGAACCAACUCGCCGCUCUCUUGCGUUGUCUUGGGGCUGUGCUGCUCCUCCUCAAUCGAGUGCAAAUCAAAAACGAAGAGAAAGAGCGAAGCGUGCAAGGGAGAGACAGCGCCAGCAGCAGCAGCAGCAAGAAGAGCAGCAGCAGCAACAGCAGCAGCAAGAGCAGCAGCAGCAGGAGGCGGCUGCUGUUCCUGCUGCUGCUGCUGCUGCUGCCUUUCACUGUCAAUGCAGCGGUUUCUGCAGCGGUAGAAUUGCUGCUCUGGUAGUCAGAGAUGAUAUGAGGAGAAGAGGCAUCGCUAAGCAGUUGGUGCUGCUGGCGCUGCAGCAGCAGCAGCGGCUGGUGGCUGCAGCAGGAACAGCAGCAGCAGCAGCAGCAGCAACAGAAAGCGAAGAAGACCAGCAAGCGAUUUGCCGCGCCCUUCUCUCUGGUUUUGCUGCUCGUUGUAUGCAUUUAAGCUGCAGCAAACUCGAUGAAAAGUGCAGCAAAGCUGCUGCUGCUGUUGCUUCCUUAAUGGGGGCUCCACACCAGAAGAGCUGCUGCUUGCUGCCAGCCGCUGCUGCUGCAGCAGCAACCACUGCAGCAGCAGCAGCAGCACAUGCAGCAGCAAAUGCAGAAACAGUGAAGGGUUCAGCACCAUUAACCAGUGCUUUGGCAGCAACAACACCUGCAGCAGCAGAAACAGCAGGUACAGCAGCAGCAACAGCAGCAGCUGCUGCAACAGCGGCAACAGCAGGUGCAGCAGCAGCAGCAGCAGGUGCAGCAGCAGCAGGUGCAUCAGCAGGUGCAGCAGCAGCAGAUGCAGCAGCAGCAGCAGCAGUAGCAGCAUUUGUGAAGGGGCGUCGAAUGG